AUGCGUUCCUUCUCUCUUACCGCUAGUCUCGCCGCGCUCUGCAGCGCAGCACCAUACGGACAGCAGACGCCACUGAAGAACAUUCUUGAAAACACCGACAAGAGUGAAAAAUACACAUAUCCAACCGAUUUUACCAGGGAGAUAAUCCCGAAGCCGUUUCAUAGCCACAACGACUACUGGCGUGAUGUUCCCUUCUACUCAGGAUUAAGUCAAGGUGCCAUAUCAACAGAAGCCGAUGUGUGGCUACUAAACGGCACACUAUAUGUCGGUCAUGAACCCGCUGCCUUGACCGACAAGCGCACUCUCCAGUCUCUAUAUCUGGAGCCCAUCCUUGACACUCUGCAUCGCCAAAACCCAAGCACUCGAUUUGUGCAGCCUGGCGAGCAGAAUGGCGUAUUCGACACCUCCAGCGGACAGACUCUUUACUUCUUUAUUGACCUGAAGACUGCUGCUGACGAGACCUGGCCUGCUGUUCUCGAAGCCUUGGAACCUCUGCGAAGCGGCGACUGGCUGACUACCUACGAUGGCACGACUCUGCGCAAGAACCCCGUCACCGUCAUUGGAACUGGAAACACCCAACUUUCUGACGUCCUCGCAUCGUCUCCGCGUGACGUAUUCUUUGAUGCGCCACUUGCGGAGCUCAACGAUUCCAAGUACCAAGAUCUCACAGCCAACGAGUCGCCGAUUGCAUCUACCAAUUUUGCAUCAUCCUUUGGUGAAGUGCGUAAGCGUGAGUUCAACGAUACGCAGCUAGAGACUCUGAGGGGCCAACUUGACAUGGCCCAUGAGAAGGGAAUCAUGGCUAGGUACUGGAAUCAGCCAGACUAUCCUAUUGGCACGAGGAACGCGGUAUGGCGGAUUCUUUGGGACGAGGGUGUCGACCUGUUGAACGUUGAUGAUCUUGCGGGCGCGGCUGCAUUCUGGGAGGGAACUGGUUAG